AUGAACGGACAGAACCUUGACGGGAGGAGCAUCACUGUCAACGAGGCUCAGUCCAAGGGAAGCGGUGGUGACGGUGGCGGUGGCGGUGGCGGAGGAUUCCGUAACACUGGUCGCCGUAGCAGUGAUGGCUAUGGAGUGGGAGGGGGAGGGGGUUAUAGUCGCAGUGGUGGUGGAGGUGGUGGAGGGGAUCGUGGAUAUGGUGGGUCAGAUGGAGGAUCUCGUUACCAUGGUGGUGGUGGGGGUACUUCAGAUGGCAACUGGAGAAACUAA